CAAAACCACCCAGACAAAGCUCCCAGCAUGCGGGUCCAUCAGCCCUCGUGCCCUUCACGUGCACCUCGCAGCACAGCACACACCUGUGCACGUGCACACUGUACACGCCACACACUUCAGCUAGAAGACAAGGGAAAAAAAAAAAAAGAGGAACCUUUGUAGAAAUGUUUCAAAUACUGUAAGAUAUAGUUGCUGUUUUCAUUGUUUUACAAUAAUAAGAAGAGAUUAACAAUACAGUCGUCCCUCACAAUAUCGCGGUUCUUCAGAAAUUAACUAAUAAAUGAUCGCUGUUUCGUGGUAGACUAGUAUUCUGGUCACUAGGCGGCAGUAAUGACACGAGACACGACCUAACAUUACAUGAUCGUAACGCUGCAUGAAGUCAUAAAGUCAGCCAUGGCAUGAAAGAAGUUUCCUUUCCAGCGUGGAAGUGGUACGUUUUUGGCUUCUUAAGUUUAGAAGAAAUACAUGCGAGGCUAACUGGUUAGCUCGCUUGUCUCGAGUCCUGCAGAGUUGUGCAAUGUGGUAUAAACAAUGAAUAGGCGUGUUAUUUCAUGCCCACAGGGCUCUAACAAUGUUAAAAAGCGUAUUUAGAAAGUCCUAAACAGCUUUACUAAGCUCUUAAUUAAGAAAAUAUUCCAUUUCUAAACACUGAAUCUGAUAUAUUAAUUUAUGAAACGGGCAUGAAAUGAAAAUGCAUGAAAUGAAUUCAUGCCAGAGCGUUUAUUCCAACCUUAACACGUCAACAGCAGUGUGCAGUUCUAGGCUGGUUUGCCAGACAAACUCAGAAGGAUUUCCUCCAAACAAACAUAACAUACCUCAGACACAAGCUGCUUCACCCCAAAGACAAAAUCCCGAGAAGCAAACUCAGAAAUGUUAUUUCUGCAGUGCAGUGCUGUGAGGAGUGCAAUGACCUAUACAUUGGAGAGACCAUGCAGCGGUGUCUUUGGGCCCAGAGUCAGCAGGCAUAUUCAUUUCAGGACAACAAUUCUGAUGUGGACCACUGCUGCUUUGAAACACAAACAAGGAAGUCCAUCUUCAAACACAGGAGGAGAUUUGCGCCAUCACCUAUCGUCUGCUUACAACAAUGUCCUGACGUCUCUCCUCCAAAGAUUGUCUCAUUCCACAGGAAGGUUUUUGCCACCAUGAAGCAGGCGAACGACCUGUUGGUAUGCGGGGCCUGAGCAACAGCAACCCUAUUGUCACCAACCCCCCAGGGGAGAAAAUUAGCAAUAUUUCACCCACAGGAUACAUCAGAUAGCUUUACCAUCAGGAAGCUAACCGGUUAACAUUGAAGCAGAGCGUGAACAGUUACGUCCUGUGCUUCGUAAUGAAGGUCGAACACGUGCAAGCGGGAUUUGGACGAGACGAUGUGGACUUACGGUACGUCAUCUUCUUGGGAGGAGGACCACUUUUGACUGGACGCGCAGACAGGAUGAGGAGGACAAACGGAGACUGAUCUCCUCAGAAGGCUGGAGGAUAAAGACUUGUUCACACCGUCGACCGUCACUCAGGCAACCAUGACACAGCAGCUGAGCAGCUCGCCUUUCCUCAAACCUUUCUUCCUGAAGACGCCCGUCCAAGUGGUCAGCCCGCUGAGACAGAGGAGACACACGCUGCCCGCCAGCGAGUUCAGGAACCUGACGCCUCAGGACGCCAUCAGUGUCUUUGAAAUUGAGAGAGAAGCCUUCAUCUCUGUGUCCGGUGAGUGCCCUUUGACCCUGGAAGAGGUCCUGUACUUCCUGAGUCAGUGUCCUGAGCUGUCCCUGGGCUGGUUUGAGGAGGGACAGCUCGUCGCCUUCAUCAUUGGAACGGGCUGGGACAAAGACAGGCUUUCACAGGAGGCCAUGACCCUGCACGUGCCGGAUACGUCCACGGUGCACAUCCACGUGCUGUCGGUGCACCGCCACUGUCGCCAGCAGGGCAAAGGCUCCAUCCUGCUGUGGCGCUACCUGCAGUACCUGCGCUGCAUGCCCCGCCCCCGCCGGGCUCUGCUCAUCUGCGAGGACUUCCUGGUGCCCUUCUACCUCAAGGCCGGCUUCAAGGAGAAAGGCCCGUCUGCCAUCAGCGUUUCCAACAUGCGCUUCCAAGAGAUGGAGUACCUGCUUGGGGGGCAGGCGUACGCCAGGCGGAAUAGCGGCUGCUAGCCCCCCCCCCAAAAAAACAAUUCAUCCAAAGUGGACUCACACAGCACACAGAUGGGGGGGGCAGUGGACUUGGCUUACAUGGACUCUAAGACCAACACAAAGCCAGGCUGCGUCCACAUGCGUCCUGUCAUGUUUGCCUCAAAGAAAUCUAAGAUGGUAAAUAAAGAGAAAAUUACAAUAAGCCGCAUACUCAACCCAGCAGGUGGCAUUUUGCUUUGGGAUAUUUGAGUUAGCGGCCCGGUGAAGUCCUUACUUUAUGCCAGGGGUGUCCAAACCUUUUCCUCCGAGGGCCACUUAAUGAAAAAUGAGGACGCAACGUUGCCACUUUGAUAGUUUGUAAAGCAACGCAUGUUGAUGUGCUAAGACGUUACAUAUUUACAUAUUUCACAGCAGCUUCGUCUUAUGCUCAAGUGAAGCAUGAACUUCGCUCUUUGCUUCUUUUUUUUGUGGUAAUAUUCUGACUUUAUUCCCAGAAUAUGAUAACUUUUCCCCAAAUCUCAUUUUCCAAAAAUGGCAUUUAUUUUGUUUUGGGUUUUUUUUGUUAUAUUAUCAAGACUUAAAAAAUAAAUACCAUUUUCCUUUAAUAUUUCAACUGUAUCCUACUAAAAACGGCAUAACUUUUCCUCAUUCCUACGAUUUCAUCCUUGUAAAAUUGGGACUCCUAAUGUUUUGACUUUAUUCCUGUAAAAUUACUGCUGCUUUUUCAAUUUUUGCCGUUUUCUUUUUUACAUUUUCCAACUAUUUAAACUUUCUUCUUGCACAUUUUCUUCUCAUAAUAUUUUGACCUAAUUCUCAUAAUAAUAUAACUCCACCCCCCCAACAUAUUUUUCCAAAAAUGACAACUUUAUUUUGUUUGAUUCUCACAUUACAACUUUUUUAAAAUAUUUUUUUUCUUUAAUAUUUAAACUGUAUUUUAUUAGUUUAAAAUUAAAAGUGCUAUUUUUCCCUCACAAUAUUGGGAUGGUCAUUUUCAUAAAAUUACAACUUUUUCUAGUUAGAUUACAACUUUUUUACUCUUAAAAUUUUGAUUUUAUUCCUGUAAAAUUACUGCUGAUUUUGCCAUUUUUGCUGCUUUUGUUUUUUUUUUUUUUGUUUGUUUUCUUGUUGAUAAAAUGUGCUGCCAAUUAAAAAAAAAAAAAAAAAAAAAAAAAAAAGGAAAUGGCCCCUGGGCCACACUUUGGACACCCCUGCUUUAUGCAUAUGUUCUUUACCGGGCAGCCUACGGUCACAUGACAAGUCAGCCACGCGUGGACGCAGCCUUAAAAGUUGCAAUAAAAAAAAAAAUAAAAUAAAAAAAACCCAAACAGACCAUAUGAAGUAUUUUUUUGUUUCUUAUUUUGUUGUUUUCAGUUACACGUGUCGAGCAGACGGGCAGCUAAAACGCUACCGAGUUCAAGACGGCCAUCACUUCUUGAGAAGCAAUAAACACAAACAAGCAAAAGUCAAAGGAAGAAAAGGAAAAAAAGGCAACAACAUUUGAGUGCUCAGCAUAACGUAACAAAGUAAAAAGGAAACAUGGCAGUAGUUGGUACAUUUUUAGCUUUCAACAAGGCACCAAAGGUUUUGAUAUUGGACUGAAAUUGUUUCUUCUUGGUUUUUCUCCCUGCUUUUCUGCUUGAGGUUGCCUGGAUGACUUCUAUGGAAGAGGAGAAGAGCCAAGUGUGGGAAAUACACCCACU